UUUUGGCUCAUCACUUCCUUAUUGGUAAAUUCGACUUCUGUGGAAUAAAGGUCGUCUCUUUGUGAACUUUGAAGUUAUGCGCAGCGUGGAUAUGUCUAAGCAUGAGCGGUGUCUUCCAUGAAUUUAGAAAUGGCCAGUGAGAUUGACGGAAGACUUGGAGGAGGCCCAGUGGUGGAGGAUGAGUUUACGUGUUCCGGCAUGCAACUGGGAUCCCUAACCUCCAUACAUGACUCUGUGGAAAGGAUUUUCAAAGUUUGUUUUAAAAUCGAAGAUGACACCCUUUCUCGUGUCAACAAUAAGCAGAUAUGGCUGAAGCUUCAGGGUUCUGGGGAAAAUGUCACAGCUGCCAAAUUAUUUGUGAAGGGGGUGGUCAACCAGGAGGAGCAGAAGGAGGUGUCUUACCCCCCGGCCCUGAAAUGUGUCUUUUGUGGGGCAAAAGGACUGUUCCUGGACAGCCUGAUCAAAAGCACUUCAGCCCACAUUCUGAUUGGAUCACCCGGCUACUUGCAUGUAUCCGGUCUUGCAGAACCAGUGGUGCGAGCCUACUCUUUGAUUACAGACAUGAUUGAAAGGUACAACAGCUCACGAUCCAAACACACUGAGAAAGACUCCACAGGCCUGAUGGAGACUCUCGAGUCCCGUCGGGCCUUCAAAGCUCUGGUGGAAAAAUGGGAAGACAGGCACACGCUAGAUCUCCUUGUACUGCCAGGAUCGGUUAAAGAAGUCCUUCUCGAUUUGGUGCAUGAGUCCGGACACUUGAAGCUGACCGAUGAACCUGUCAGGGCUGGUGUACAUGAAGGCAAUGGCCUUCUGUCAUAUCCAUCUUCGAGCACAAAUGACUGGAGUCCUGCAGAGAUGGAAACAACAAACAAUUCACAUCCUGCUUCUCUUAUGAGAAGCAAAGGUGCGGGCGCAGAUCAACAAAAGUCUCAUUUGAGAGUGUGGGGAGACAGUUACCUCUCUGAGGAGGAAGGUUCAAUGGAGAGUGAGGAGAGUUUAGGAAACCAAGAAACACAGCAGUCAACAGGAAACCAUGAGUUCUUUCUAAAGUUCUUCACUGCCAUGGGAUACACAGAGGAUGCAGUCAAGCGAGUGCUGUCCCAAGCAGGACCUAAAGAAGCCUCCCAGAUGCUGGACCUGGUCCAACAUGAGCAGGACAUUAUUAACCUGGCUGGUCACCAAAAUCAGCCCUGUGAAACUGAGCACAAAGAAGAAGAAAACACCCUUGUGAAGAUGGAAGGUGUCCUCCCGCCAGGACCUGGUAACCACUCGGACCCAGAACGGAGUGUGGAUCACGAAGGUGACUUUGUUUUAGGAGUGAUGAAGAAAGCUGCACUGAGCUGCGGGUAUAAAGAGCAGAAGGUUUCAAACGUCUACAGCAGGGUUCCUGUUGAGUCUUCCCAUCAGCUGCUGCUGGAACUGCAGAAGGAAGGCAAUGCAGAGCAGGACGUCUCCAGUGAGACAGAGGGAAACAAAGUCUUUCAAGCAACAGGCAAACCUAAAGACCAUCUCAAACCAGUGGAUCAUCCAUACAUCAAAGACACUGACAUGGAAGUCCCAAAUCUAAUCGCCUCUGAGUCGAUCCAUAAAGUCAAGACGCAGCAUCUGUCAACAGCACUUUCCAAAACCCAAGAACCAGUGGUAACUCAUCCAACAUCGUUCAGUUUACAACACUUAAAUCUUCAGUCCAGUAAAUCCCUCAGUCGCUUUCAUCAGCUGGGUUCAGGUCUAGUUGGAAAUCCACAGCCUGAAUUCAGACUUCAUGAAUCACCCCUCCACGCUGGGAACUGCAUAUAUCCGAACCGAAGAAGAGAGCGUGGUUCCAAGUCUUCCGUGGAAGUGACGGGAGAGCAGCGCUUCCUAGAGGGUCUGCAGACACCGUUUAACCUCUGUUUGAUGGACAAGCCUGGUAACCCAAGUUUGAGGAUGAUCGUAAUUGACGGCAGCAACGUAGCCAUGAGUCACGGAUUGGGGCAUUUUUUCUCUUGUCGAGGAAUUGCUUUAGCCGUUCAGCAUUUCUGGGACAGAGGUCAUCGUGAAAUCAGUGCACUGCUUCCACAGUGGAGGCUGAAGAGCGACUCCCGUAUAAAGGAGCAGCACUACUUGUUGGAGCUUCAGAAGUUGGGGUUGGUGUCCUUCACCCCCUCGAGGGAAGUCCAUGGCAGGAGAAUCAACUCAUAUGAUGACAGACUGAUGCUCCAACUGGCCGAGAAGAAGAAUGGAGUCAUCGUGACCAACGACAACCUGAGAGACCUUCUGGAUGACUCUCCUGUGUGGAGAGAUAUCAUAAAAAAGAGGCUUCUGCAGUACACAUUUGUGGGCGACCUCUUCAUGGUGCCAGAUGACCCACUGGGUAGAAACGGUCCUCACCUGAAUGAAUUCCUCCUCUCAGAUCUCAGGCCUGCCAACGUAAGAAACCACCCUUCUCCUGGUGUGGCUGGAGUCCUCCCUCCAUCCCAGCCUUUUCGCUUCCAAACAGAGCUCGUGAACUAUCCUACUGGAGCACAUUUGGGGCCUUCGAAUGCAUCAGUUGGAAGUAGUCUGGACAAGUCCAGGCAGAGAACUGUGUCAGAAACUUCCAACCUGAAGACGCAGCUGUGUCAGGUGUUUCCUGGCCAGGACAGCAUGGUGACGCUGGUGUUGCAGAGCCAUCCAGCAGAGAGGGACAUCAAUGUCCUGUCUGAACUUCUUCUGCAGAAACAGGAAUAGAGAUGCACCCUGGAACAGUUUUACUUUCAAACUUGACUUUUUGUUUUAGUGGUUGCCUUUAGGUUGACUUUGCAUGAUUGUCCUGUUAUCUUAAAUCGUCGCCGGCUAAAGCUUAUACUUGCUUUAAUAUGUCUAUGUUUAUUGAUUCCUAUGUUAAUAAGCAACAUAAAAAAAAGUUUUGUUGUAAUGAAGAAAACAGCAGACUUUAUUUGAGGUCUGUUCUGCCCUUAUAGUGGACCAGUUUUGUAGUUGCACUUCAAAUUGAGUGACCUGUGGUCUGUCUUUCGUUCUAUAUCAGUUUGCUGCACUCUGAGGAAAUACCAGCUGUGGUUGUAGAAGUGAAUCGUAAGAUUGUUUAACUUGAUUUAUUUUGCAACUCAGAAAAAAAACACACAGGGACUCUGGUUUCCUCCCAGCCCACGACGACGCAGUGGGGAAUUAAGCACAUGAAUGUAUGAAGCAAUGCAGCGACAGUUCAUCAAAAGAUGGUGAUGCUUUUAAUUGUCAGGUAGACUUAUUGUCUCACCUUUAUCUGAUGAAGUGGUUCAAACUUUUUUUUUUGUGCACAAAUAUUACUUGACCCACAAGUUGAGUCACUGUUUAAGAGUUUAUGUAAUCUAAAUUGGCUUCAACCUUUUAAAUGAUGUGUGGAAUUGUUGUUUUGAUAUAAACUGUUUUGUCAUA